UGAUUGGCGGAGAGUGAAGGUCGUCAGGAGGGUGUCGUUAGGUGGUGCAGGUUGUGAGGUUAGGCAAUGCAGGGAUAAAAGUUACGAAUAAACCUUUUUUAUUUAUUUAUUUUUUAACAAAUCGUGGUUAUUAAUAAAUUAAUUACUCAGUUUAAACGUUUACUUUUUAUUAUUUUUACACAAGUGACAUCGUACUUAAACUCAAAUAUGUAUAUUGUUCCCGUAUUUUACGUACUGUUAAUCUCAAUUAAUUUUUCUGCGUCGUUGAAAACGGUGCAUGAUGAUGAUUUAAUGAAUUUGAUCCGAAGUGAAACCUAUGUUAUUACUUUGUUCUCUAGUAAGAAUUGUGCUGAAUGUGAUAAUUUUGAAAAUGCUGUAACUAGUUUGGAAGAAGAGUUUACAAAGUCGUUCAAUGGAAAAGCUGUUAAAGUAAUCAAUAGUCAGUUAACGCGGCUCUACAGCCCCACAAAGGAGCCACUUUUGGUGUUUUUCCGACACGGAAUACCGCUUCUCUAUAAUGAUGUUCCAUCUGAAGAGCUAAUACUUCAUACAUUCCUGAAUAACAAAGAACCAGUUGUUAAAGAACUGAAUGAUGAGACUUUUGAGCAUUUAACUCAGGCAGCUACUGGUGCCACCACUGGUGAUUGGUUUGUUAUGUUUUAUUCCCCAGACUGUGUUGAUUGUCAACGUCUGCAGGCACGCUGGGAAACUGUAGGUGCGCAAGUAAAAAGCCGAAUGAAUUUAGCUAGAGUUAACAAGGCUGUAGGGGGCGCUGCAACAGCAGACAGAUUUGGAAUCACUGAAGUCCCCUCUUUCAUCUUAUUCAAAUUGGGAAAGUUGUACAGGUAUCAAAUCAAAAAGUAUGAUAUUGCCUCAUUUGUGUCAUUUGCGCAAGAGUGGUACAAAAACAUGAAGCCAGAAAGAAUACCCCUGCCUAAAACUCCAUUUGAUGAACUGGUGGACAAUGUGGUAAUAAAUCUUCAAGAAAACAUUCUGCUGGUGCAGAUUACCGCAGCAAUGUUUGCUGCCACUUUGGCCAUUUAUGUCCUCUUGAAAUUCAUGAAAAGGACACCUCAGAAACCAAAAUCCACUAAGAAAGGAGAUAAAGAUAAAUGAAGAGCACUCUGCGUUUCUUACAGAUUUAUAUUUUUGUAACAAUGUGCAAUAAAAUGCUUGUAAUUUA